AACAUAGAAACACUUUUUUAAAUUUAAAAUAAAAAACAAUGUGUUUUGAGUAAAUCAAAAGAGCUAAUUCCUUUGCCCGAUUAGCGCGAGCUGACUUAUAUGAACAGUAACGUGGGCGGUAAGGAGCUUCCUUUUAACCACAACAAGGACUACGGGGCCGUUGGAUGUAAAUUUUCAACAUUAAUUUGUUGAGGCUAGCGAAUCCGAGCAACUUCUAUUGUAAUAUAAUUCAAAUUCUUUGUAUUUCAUAGCUUACUCUAUAUUCAGUCUUUGAUUUCCUUUUCGGCAAACCUGAAAAUUAUUUUCAAAUUUCAAAAUAAUGCCUUCUAAGCCGCUAUUAACAUCAAAGCUGUUGCAGCGUCCAGGAGUAUUGACUAAAACUCUGGUAUUCCAUCCACAACGAGCCUACAACUGGGGCAACUACGACGCCAGUUCUAAAAAGUGCUGUAAAAUGCACGACGCUGAAACGUAUAAAUGCUUAGAUGGUAAAUUUAAAUGCAAGCCCAUUAAAAUUCCGAAUAAAUGUUACAAGCGAGUCGAUGAGGAGUAUGUGUCGUUUGGUGAAUACCCCAUGCAAUUGUUUCACAUCUUAAGACCCGCAGAGGUUGAUUGUGGCCUAAUCAAGCAUGAUAUGUGCUACUAUAAACCAUCAAACAAGAAUCGUCGUUAUCAGCGCACAUGGCCCGAGUGUCCACUUAUUUGGCUGCACCCAAAAAAGACCUGUUGCCCUGAUCCGGAGUAUUAUCCGCCUAUUUGUCGACGCCAGAGGCCACCACCACGGCCACCAAUGACUACGAUCGAAAAGUAUUUGUACAUACUUGACAAGGAGUGCAAGUCGAAGUGUCACAGGGAUGUGACGCUGAAAAGGAAAUGCAAAAUAAUCAAAGGACCCAAAAAGUGCGAGAAGGUAGAGGCCCCAUUUCCAAGCUUUUCCGAGUGUAAAAAAGACUCCAUAGAGGGUUACUGUAACACAGAGUGCGGCUGCAAAUUGGCACCCUCUCUCUGCGACUUAUGGAGUGUGCAUCAUCGCAACACAAGUUUGAUUAAGAAGUGCACUGAAGCUAUAGUUGGUUACUGUCCAUUUAAGAAUCGUGGACGCCCUAUAGGCUAGAGACCAACAAGAA